AUGACGUCAAAUAAACCAAAUAAGCUGGCGUUCUUGUCGAUGCCAGCUCCGGCAUCUUAUGUGGCUGGUCUUGGUCGAGGUGCAUCAGGUUUCACAACCCGAUCAGAUAUUGGACCUGCGAGAGAGGGUCCAUCCGCAGAAGUAGUAGCAGAGGCUCAGGCUCGUCGUGGCGAGGAGGCCGAAGUCGAUCCAGAACAAUUUCAAGAUCCAGACAAUGAAUACGGUCUGUUCGCAGGGACGACGUAUGAGGCAGAUGACGAGGAAGCGGAUAAAAUUUACGACCAAGUCGAUUCAAAGAUGGAUUCCCGUCGGAGGAUCCGAAGGGAGGCGCGCGAGGAGGCCGAGCUCGCCAAGCACCGCGCGGAGCGGCCAAAGUUGCAGCAGCAAUUUGCCGACCUGAAACGCGGGCUUUCCGUUGUCACUGACGCUGAGUGGGAGAACAUACCAGAGGUGGGCAAUCUUACACGGAAGAAGCGGCGCAAAGAUGAGAGGUCAUUUGUCGUCCCGGAUAGCGUCAUCGUUGGUGACAGAGCCAAGGGUGAAUAUGAGAAUUCACUCGACUCCAUGCAACAGGAAACACCUGCAGACUCCGGGACAAUGACAAACUUCGUGGAAAUUGGGCAAGCUCGUGAUAAAAUACUUUCUCUCAAACUCGACCAGAUUUCGGGAACCGCUUCCACUUCUGGAUCUGCAUCAUCCGUAGACCCAAAGGGCUACCUCACGUCUCUCAACAGCGUUGUACUGAAGACAGAUGCCGAAAUCGGCGACAUCAAGCGAGCGAGAAUGCUUUUUGACUCAUUGGUCAAGUCCAAUCCUAAGCAUUCGCCCGGUUGGAUUGCCGCGGCCGCGUUGGAAGAGCACGCGGGCCGCAUGGUGGCAGCGCGUAAAUUGAUCAAGGCCGGUUGCGAACAGUGUCCCAAGAGCGAGGACGUGUGGCUAGAAGCUGCACGAUUGCAUAAUAAUGAGGACGCCAAAGUCAUCCUCGCGAACGCGGUGCAACAUGUCGGGCAGAGUGUAAAAAUCUGGCUUGCUGCUGCCGACUUAGAACAUGACGUCAAGGCAAAGAAGCGCGUGCUUCGAAAAGCUCUCGAACACAUCCCCAACUCAGUUCGACUAUGGAAGGAAACAGUCAACCUCGAAUCAUCCGCAUCUGACGCACGGAUCUUAUUGUCUCGCGCAGUCGAGGUGAUCCCGCUUUCCGUCGAAUUGUGGUUAGGCCUUGCUCGCCUAGAGACUCCAGAAAAGGCCAAAGCCGUCCUGAACAAAGCGCGCAAGGCGGUGCCAACCUCGCACGACAUUUGGAUCGCGGCUGGGCGACUGCUGGAGCAAGAAGCGUACGCGGCCGACAAGCCCGCAGCUGACCGCGAAAAGGAGCUUGGCGCCGUCGACAAGACGAUUGAGAUGGGCGUGCGCGAGCUCCGGCGCCACCAGGUCCUUCUGACACGUGACCAAUGGCUGAAGGAGGCGGAGCGGUGCGAGACGGAGGGGUCACCACGGACGUGUGAAGCGAUUAUCAAGGCGACCGUGGCGAUGGAAGUUGAGGAGGAGGACAGGUUAGAUACGUGGGUAGGGGAUGCUGAGAGUGCGGAGUCGCGGGGCAAAGUUGGCGCUGCCCGAGGAAUCCUUGCGUACGCGCUCCGUGUAUUCCCAGACAAACGGGACUUAUGGCGGCGCGCGGCAGACCUCGAGAAGGCGCACGGCACGCACGAAUCGCUUGACGCUGUUCUUGAGCGCGCGGUACAGCAUUGUCCGCAAGCCGAGGUGCUGUGGCUCAUGUGGGCUAAGGAGAAGUGGAUGGGCGGCGACGUCUCCCGUGCGCGUGAAGUGCUUGAGAAUGCGUUCGUUGCCAAUCCCGAGAGCGAGCAGAUCUGGCUCGCUGCUGUUAAGUUAGAAGCGGAGAACGGCGAGCUAGGUGUGGCUAGAGAGCUAUUGGUCCGUGCGCGGACAGUCGCCGAUACCGAGAGAAUUUGGAUGAAGUCAGCAGUAUUCGAGCGCCAGCAUGGCCAGUUCGAGACGGCGCUCUCGACAGUUGCGACAGCCCUGGCGAAGUAUCCCAAGUUCGGCAAGUUGUACAUGAUUCAAGGCCAGAUUCAUCAAGCCCAGAAGAACUUUUCUGCCGCCCGAGCGUCGUACGCGUCAGGGCUUAAAGCAGUCCCCAAAGAAGUGACGCUUUGGAUUCUGGCUAGCCGACUGGAGGAGACGGAUGGCAAGAGCAUUCGCGCGCGCGCAAUUUUGGACAAGGCGCGUCUGGUAAAUCCGAAAACGGACCGGCUUUGGGCAGAAGCAGUGGGUGUCGAGGAACGAUCAGGCGGCACUGCUCAGGCAAAGACGAUGCUCGCGCGCGGCUUGCAGGAGUGCCCUGAGUCGGGCUUGCUAUGGUCAAUGGCGAUCUGGUCGGAGCCACGGCCAUCUCGCAAGUCCAAGUCGGUUGAUGCGCUGAAGAAGUGUCAAGAUGACCCCACUGUCAUUUGCACCGUCGCGCGCCUUUUCUGGGCAGAGCGCAAGAUCGAAAAGGCGCGGCAGUGGUUUGGGCGCGCCGUCGGUGCGGAUCCUAGUUUGGGCGAUGCGUGGGGCUGGUGGCUGAAGUUUGAGAGGCAGCACGGCACCAAGGAGUACCAGGACGAGGUCAUCAGCAAAUGCGUUGCAGCUGAGCCUCAUCAUGGCCUCACAUGGCAGGCCAUCGCAAAAGAUGACAACAACGUGGGCAAGAAGAUCAAGGCUAUACUGGAGUUAGUCGCUGCUGCUCUACAGUGACGCGGAGGUAGCGAUCUCUGAGAGGUUUAGUAUCACGCCGGCGGGCUCAGUUUGUCAAUGGCUCUCAUGUUUGUAUGUACUUUAUAGGAUUUGACUGUUUAUUUUAUGCAUUCCGUCCGCGGCUUCUUUUUUU